GGGGUUCUUACCGGAAAUGGCCCAAUUUCGGACAAUAUGAAAUAAGAUAAAACACUCUCUCCUCACGCGAACAACGCUUUCCUUUCUCUACACUUCUUAGUGAAGCAACUCCCAUCUUGCUAAAAUCUCUCCCAGCGAAUAGGUGUGCGUGAAAAUGUGUUCAAGUAAUCGUCGUGGUAAUAAUGAUAAUGAAGACGAUGAUUUUGAGACCCUGUUGCUCCUCCUAAACAGGGAAGCAUUAGAAGUACCCACUCGCAGGCGAAGCAAACUGUUAAAUCUAUUAAGGCCGGCAAGAUAAAGGCCGAGAGUGACAAUGCAACUAGUAAAAAGAAAAAGAAGAAGGUUCCAGCUCUAGCCAAAAAGAAGAAGCUGAUGAACAUUUCCAAACCAGGAUUAGUUGUCAUACAAACACAGAGAUUGUCAGCAUUUUGAAGAAAUACUUGACUGAAACACAACAACAAUGUUUCGGGAUAGUUGUUUUGGCUACUUCCUUGACUUGCCUCCCUUCAACAAUCAAAAUCAACUCAUAUAUGCUUUGUUACUUCAAGGAAAUUUCCCCUGGUUGUGAAAAAGAGAUAUGGAUUAAGCUCAAUGGUAAUACGUUGCGAUUUGGCAUCAGAGAAUUUGCUUUGGUUACUGGGUUGAAGUGUUACGAAGAUGCUAACACUGUGUAUGAUGAGCCAAAAGUCAACAGGUUACUGAAAGAGUAUUUUCCUGGAGAUGGAAAAAAAUCAGUAACGAGGGAGAGUAUGCUUGAUCGCUUCAAGCAAAAGGGUUGGAACUCAGAUGAGGAUGCGCUCAAAAUGGCCAUACUAGUAUUCGUCCACCAUUUCCUUUUCUCUGAUGCUAAUAAGCAAAGCAUAUUAAAAAAAGAUUUUGAUAUAGUUGAGAGUGGUCGGUAUUAGAGGUAUGCAUGAGGCAUAAAAGUAUUUGAAGACAUGUUCAGAACAAUGAGGGAUAAACUGCGUACCAAGUUGACGAUGUACAGGCUCGGGGGUUUGCCACUUGCAUUCCAAGUAUGGUUUUAUGAGUGUUGCUCCACGGUGACAAAACUCUAGCUUCUUGUGUUGGGAAUAGUGUGCAACACAUCCUUAACUGGAAAGUCAAAUAAGCUCCGACGUUUGUGGACCUAACUAGUGGGAAACUCAUGAUUAGUAUUUAUCAGUUGGAGUACCGGAACAUUACCCCUACUAGUGAAGAGAUAUCAAGGUUGAAUCUUGCGGCAUUUUUUUAAGAUGUCAAUUUUGAUCUUCCAUUGGAAGAAGAUGUGCGUAACUUUGACAACAAUCAUUCUAACGUUGCAUCCCCAGUUUAUGCACAGAAGCAACAGCCUCGUCCGAGAUGCAAUAGUUUUGCGAGCCCUGAUGAUUUGAAGGCUGAAAUUAAUGAGUUGAGGCUUGACGUCGGAAAGUUUCAAUGUAAAGAUUCCUCUACCAAGAAAAGGAGGAUGACGUUCCUGUUUCUGAGAAACAUCAAAAUGUUGAUGAUGAUGAUACACAUGACCACGACGAGUAUCAGCAUUUCGAUGAUCAUGACUUUGCCGCGGAUGCUCUUGAAGGAAAUAUGCCUGCUAAGCAAACUAAGUCAAGUGUCAAGGAAAAUAAGGGAGUACUGGUGGUGUUUCUGGGGCAGCGGAAACAAUAGUUGUGAAUGAUUCAAACAUGUGGCAUGACAAUGAACUCACUGAUGAAGUUUUGACCAAGUUAAAUAUUUUCCAAAUUGUGCUUCAUUAGCAACAUGCCAAAAACAAGACAUGGCACCUGAAGAAUUGGAUCGGAAAAAGUUUCCAGCAAAAUGUGUUUCUUCUCCAUUUGUGGUAGAUUUUGGUUCUAAUGUAAGUUGCACAUCAAAGUCAGUGCCCAAGUGCAUUUUUGAGGAGAAGUGUCCUUUUGUGAACAACGUUGAUGAGUUUGAUCCCUAUUCACCUGAGGGUAGAGCAUUUGCUGAGUUUGUUGAUGAUGGGAUGAUUUCAACACAAAGGAACAGCGUAAUAACAGAUCUUCCUCCAAGUCUUGAGGCUCCCGUUGGAUCAGACUCGAAUGUGGCCAAGCUUUUUCAACCUAUACACAUUUAUAGGUGUCAAGCAUCGAAUGGGUUUCACCAGCUAUAAAUACAAAGCAAAAACGUAUCCAUCACCAAUAGGAAUCUCCAAUACUACACUACAAAUUCAUAGUUUCAGUUUAAUUUGUUGUUAAUUUCAAAAGCAAAGCAAAUAUGGAUAAUUCUCAAAACAUUGGUUACCAAGCUGGCCAGGCCAAGGGCCAAGCUCAGGAAAAGGGUAAUCAGAUAAUGGAAAAGGCUGGCAAUGUUGCGCAGUCUGCCCAAGAAACAAUGCAGCAGGCGGGGCAGCAAAUGAAGGCCACGGCUCAAGGGGCAGCAGAUGCAGUUAAAAAUGCUACUGGCAUGAACAAGUAAUAAACAUGGAUCUCACAUCAUGGACAACUUUGUUCAACAUUUAGGCUAGCUAUCCGCUCUACCUUUUUUAUCUUUUUAUUUUUUUUAUUUUGAACCUUUUAAUUCAGAAAUGGGGGGAGAAUCAGUUACUUAGGUUUAAGCAUAAUUAAGAAGUUUUAUGUUUCUGAAUUGAAGAAGAGGAGGAAGCUGUGCCAGUGCAAUAAUGUCAUGCCUGGCUAAUUUCUUUUUGGUUUUAUCUAAUAAUAAUGCUUGAUUCUCCUUAA